AUGGAGUAUCUUCUUAAGCUUCUAUACUUCUUUUUUCUUUUUAUAUCGUAUCUAUCUGAGAACAGUGGGCCUACUGUUCACAAGGUUUAUAAUAUCUACAACAAUCUUUUCGAUUAUCUGGAUCACUCAAUCAAUCGAUUGCUGGAUAAUAAUACUGACUGGUAUCUUAAGUACCGAACUAUUUUUGAGAAGAAUCCGGCUAUUAAUAUACUAUUAACUAUCUCCGGGUUACUGUCAGGCCUGGAUAAAGCCUUUUAUAACAUCUCUAAACGCCGGAGACUCUCACCGGCAGCCGAGACAUUUAAAAAACUUAAGAUAUAUCUAGAUAUCGAAGCUAGAGAUUUUCUCUUAGUUGCUACCAACGGUGUUAGUAUUGAACGUCUAUUUAAUACAGUAAUGCUUCAGAUAUGUACCGAUUGUUUUACUAUCAGUAAGAAGUACCAGGAUAUUCUUAAUAAUCUUAAUCCGGAUUCGAUUAUCUUUAUACCUAAGGAUAAAAAUAAGAAUAUAAAUAAUCUUAAAGAUAAUCUAGAAGAUGGAUUAUUAUUAGAAACAAGAAAGCUAGCUUUAUCUGAGUCUUCGAAUAUUACACGUACUUAG